AUGACAAGGGGGCUAAGAUUCCUGGGUUGGCCCCUGUGGCCUCUGGCCCUCCUCAGCCUACUCAGUGCAGUGACAAUGCUGGAAUUUGGUGGGGCGCCUGGUCAAUGGGCACGCUAUGGCCGCUGGGAAGCUGGAUCAGUGGGCGAGCUGAGCUUCAGUCUCAAGACCAACAUUAGCAAAUCCUUGGUGCUCUACCUGGACGAUGGUGGCAACUGUGACUUCUUGGAGCUGCUGAUUGCUGGCGGGCGCCUCCAGCUGCGCUUUGCCAUCCACUGUGCCGAGCCGGCCACUUUGCACAUGGAGACAGGAGUGAAUGAUGACCGCUGGCACAUGGUCCUGCUCACCCGCAACUUUCGUGAGACCCUCCUGAUGGUCGACGGAGAAACCAAGGUGGCUGAGGUCAAGUCCAAGAGGAAGGAGAUGGCGGUGGUCAGUGACCUGUUUGUAGGCGGCAUCCCACCCGAUGUGCGCCUCUCUGCGUUGACGUCCAGUACUGUAAAGUACGAGCCACCCUUCCUGGGCUUGAUCUCCAAUCUGAAGGUCGGGGAGAUGCCUCCUACUUUGUUGAAUAGCCAGGGCAUUCAGAGCGACCUGGAGUACCUCUGCACCAAACAGAACCCGUGCUUCAACGGAGGGUUUUGCUCUAUUCAGUAUGGAGAAGUUCACUGUGACUGCACCCACACCCGCUUCAAGGGGAAGUACUGCAAAGAAGCUGAAGAGUAUGCUGUUGAAGGUCUGGCGCACCUGACGUUAAACGACCAAGGUGACUCAUCUCAAGCCGGUAAGGAAGAGUCGGUGGCCACCUUCAAGGGCAACGAGUUCUUCUGCUACGACCUGUCGAUGACGCCCAUCCAGAGCAGCACCGACGAGAUCACGCUGUCCUUCCGCACGCUGCAACGCAACGGCCUCAUGCUCCACACCGGGAAGUCGGCCGACUACGUGAACCUCUCCUUGAAGAGCGGAGCCGUGUGGCUGGUCAUCAACCUGGGCUCGGGGGCCUUCGAGGCCCUGGUGGAGCCCGUCAACGGCAAGUUCAACGACAAUGCCUGGCAUGACGUGCGCGUCACCCGCAACCUGCGCCAGCACGCAGGCAUUGGACACGCUAUGGUAAACAAACUGCAUUAUAUGGUGACCAUCUCAGUGGAUGGUAUAUUGACCACCACUGGUUACACCCAGGAGGAUUACACCAUGUUGGGCUCUGACGACUUCUUCUACAUCGGAGGGAGCCCCAACACCGCUGACCUGCCCGGAUCGCCAGUCAGCAACAACUUCAUGGGCUGCCUUAAAGAUGUGGUCUACAAGAACAACGAUUUUAAGCUGGAGCUCUCACGGCUGGCCAUCGAGCGCGACCCUAAGAUCAGCCUGAACGGUGACCUGGUGUUCCGCUGCGAGGACGUGGCAGCCCUAGACCCUGUCACCUUCGAGACCCCCGAGUCCUUCAUCUCCUUGCCCAAGUGGAACACCAAGAAGACGGGCUCCAUCUCCUUUGACUUCCGCACGACGGAGCCCAGCGGCCUCCUGCUCUUCAGCCACGGCCGUCCCCCGAGUCCCAAAGAGCAGAAGCCCGGUCGGGAGCUGAAGACAGAUUACUUUGCCAUGGAGCUGCUGGACGGGUAUAUGUACCUGCUGAUCGAUAUGGGCUCCGGGAAAACGAAGCUGAAGGCCAGCAACAAGAAGGUCAAUGAUGGUGAAUGGUGCCAUGUGGAUUUCCAGAGGGAAGGAAGGAAAGGAUCUAUCUCAGUAAACAGCCGCAGCAUGCCCUUCAGCUCCCCAGAGGGCAGUGAAAUCCUGGACCUGGACAGUGAUAUGUUCCUGGGCGGGCUGCCGGAGUUUAAGACCGACCUCAUCCUGCCGCCAGAGGUUUGGACAGCGCUGCUGAACUACGGCUACGUGGGCUGCGUCCGCGAUCUCUUUAUCGACGGCAAGAGCCGCGAUGUCCGCCGCCUGGCUGAGAUCCAGAGUGCGCUGGGUGUGAGCAGCUUCUGCACGCGGGAGCUUCAAAAGCGCUGCAGCAGCACUCCGUGUGGCAAUGGAGGUCUGUGCAAAGAGGGCUGGAACCGCUACAUAUGCGAUUGUACCAGCACUGGAUACCUGGGCACCAACUGUGAGAUAGAGGCGACGGUGCUGAGUUACGAUGGCAGUAUGUACCUGAAGAUCAUCAUGCCAGUCACCAUGCACACGGAGGCCGAGGAUGUGGUGCUGCGCUUCAUGUCUCAGCGGGCCUACGGCCUGCUUAUGGCCUCCACCUCCAAGGAGUCGGCAGACACCCUGCGCCUGGAGCUGGACGGAGGCCGAGUCAAGCUCACCGUGAACCUCGAUUGUAUCAGGAUAGACUGUAGCCUCAGCAAAGGACCGGAGAUACUGUUUGCGGGGCAGAAGCUGAACGACAACGAGUGGCACGCAGUGAAGGUGGUGCGAAGAGGCAAGAGCCUGCAGCUGUCUGUGGAUAAUGUCACAGUGGAAGGUCAGAUGACGGGUGCCCACACACGUCUCGAGUUCCACAACAUCGAGACGGGCAUCAUGACUGAGCGUCGCUUCAUAUCUGUAGUGCCUUCAAACUUCAUUGGCCAUCUCCAGGGCCUGACCUUCAAUGGCCUGCCAUAUCUAGACCAGUGUAAAAACGGCGACAUCUCCUACUGCGAGCUGAACGCCCGCUUCGGCAUGCGCCACAUCAUUGCAGAUCCGGUGACGUUUCGAACGAAAGGCAGCUACUUAGCGUUAGCAACGUUACAAGCUUACGCCUCGAUGCACCUCUUCUUUCAGUUCAAAACUACCACGCCCGACGGCCUGAUGCUUUUCAACUCUGGAGACGGGAGCGACUUCAUUGUUGUGGAACUGGUGAAAGGGUAUGUCCACUACGUCUUUGACCUUGGCAACGGGCCGUCGCUGAUGAAGGGCAACUCAGACAAGCCGCUCAAUGACAACCAGUGGCACAACGUGGUGGUCUCCCGGGAUGCCAACACCUUGCAUACGCUAAAGAUCGACUCACGCACCGUUACUCAGCACUCCAAUGGAGCCCGUAACCUGGACCUCAAAGGGGAGCUGUACAUCGGUGGCGUGACGAAGAACAUGUACAGCAAUCUGCCCAAGCUCAUUGCGUCCCGGGAUGGGUACCAAGGUUGUCUGGCCUCCGUGGACCUGAAUGGGAGACUGCCCGACCUGAUCGCGGAUGCCCUCCACAGGGUGGGUCAGGUGGAACGAGGCUGCGAUGGACCCAGUACCACCUGUACGGAGGAGUCCUGCUACCAUCAGGGGGUGUGUCUCCAGCAGUGGGAGGGCUUCACCUGCGACUGCACGAUGACGUCCUAUGGUGGCUCAUUCUGCAAUGACCCUGGGACAACUUACAUCUUCGGGCGUGGCGGAGCCCUCAUCACAUAUACCUGGCCACCCAAUGACCGGCCGAGCACACGGGCAGACCGGCUGGCGGUGGGCUUCAGCACGCAGCUGAAGGAAGCCAUUCUGGUCAGGGUAGAGAGUGCCAAGGGACUGGGAGAUUACCUGGAGCUGCACAUAGAACGGGGAAAGAUCGGCGUGAUCUUCAACGUGGGAACGGAUGACAUAAUCAUCGAGGAGAGCGCGGUGAUGGUGAGCGACGGCAAAUACCAUGUGGUGCGUUUCACACGCAGUGGUGGCAAUGCCACACUACAGGUGGACAACCAGCCCGUCAUCGAACGUUUCCCCUCAGGGAACUUUGAUAAUGAGCGCCUGGCUAUUGCUAGACAAAGAAUCCCAUACCGACUCGGUCGGGUAGUUGAUGAGUGGCUACUCGACAAAGGUCGCCAGUUGACCAUCUUCAACAGCCAGGCGUUCAUCAAAAUUGGUGGUGGUGGAGAGACGGGGCGCCACUUCCAGGGCCAGAUCUCAGGUCUGUACUACAAUGGCCUGCAGGUGCUCAAACUGGCAGCAGAGGCCGACCCCAAUGUCCAGACCCAGGGUAACCUGCGGCUGGUGGGUGACGUGCCCUCAGUGCUCACCACUGACACCACCUCCACCACCCCGCUGGCUGACAUGUCCACCACAAUCAUGGAAACAACCACAACCAUGGCAACAACCACAACCCGCAAACAGCGCUCGCCCACCAUGAGGGACAGUGUGACACAGAAUGCGGAUGACAUUUUGGUAGCAUCAGCCGAGUGUCCUAGCGAUGACGAAGAUUUGGAGGAGUGUGAGCCUGGAAACGGAGGUGAAUUAGUGUUGCCAAUAAUAACAGUGGACUCCCUAGACCCCCCAUCCAUCGCCACCCACUACCCAGUAAUCCCCCCGCCCCCAACCACCUACCGCCCUUUCCUCACCCUGCUCGAAACCACCAAAGAGUCCUUCCCCGUGCCCAACGGCCGGCCCCCAUGCCCCCUGGACCAGGAGGACUGUGAGGAGAACAUCGAAGUGUCGGCCUACGGCUCGGGGGAGAUGACUGAGUCUGAUGACGAGGACUAUUACAAAAACUCGCACCUGGUCACCGACAGGACUGUGCUCCCUCCUCCCCCGGCCGCCGAGGGUGGCGUCCAGAACCCCCGCGACCGCCAUUUCUCCCGCUUUCCCAACUCACACCGCCCACCUCUCGCCUCCACCCCCACGGCCAACCCCGACCAACUCAGCCCGCGCAUCAAGCCGGCUGCUGGCGGCAGCAGUAGUAGCAACAACAACAUCCCUGCUGGGAAAAUGAACACCCGGGACCAAGUGCUGCUGCCGCCAGCCCACCCCUCUUCAGACCCGGGCCACCGUAGAGUCCCUGGAAUAACCUACCCCCCAAAUUUCCCUCAUGUUCCCACUCCAGAUCCCACGUCUCCUGAGAGAGGGCUCCCAGGCGCUGUGGAGGUCCAGCAGUCCAGCAGCACCACAGGAAUGGUGGUAGGCAUCGUGGCAGCCGCUGCACUCUGCAUCCUCAUCCUGCUCUACGCCAUGUACAAGUACCGCAACCGCGACGAGGGCUCCUACCAGGUGGACCAGAGCCGCAACUACAUCAGUAACUCAGCCACGCAGAGCAACGGCACCCUGGUGAAGGAGAAACAGCCCAGCACUGCCAAGACGGUUACCAAGAACAAGAAAAACAAAGACAAAGAGUACUACGUCUGA